AUGGCGGCUCAGCCGUUUGAUCUUCGUCCGGUUCUGGAUAAGCUGGUUCGGACGGAAGAUGAUUGCAGGCCACUCGUCGUGAUGACUUGUGGAAUCUCAGGUGCCGGAAAGUCAACUUUGGCGAAGCAGAUAAUUAGCCUUUUCCCCAACUUUGUACGGCUCUCUGUUGAUGAAAUCAUUUUCAAGAAUCAUGGACUCUAUGGCAUCGACUACGCUCAAGAAAAGUACCAAGAAUAUCAGGAUGAAGCACAAGAAAUCUUGAUCGCCGAGCUGAAGCGUCGGCUUGAGGAUAAGACGAAGGACAUUGUACUCGACCUAUCCUUCUGGAACAAACAGUAUAGAGACGAAUUCAAGGCUGUUAUAGAAAAGUUCGGCGGCCGAUGGGUUCUGGUUUUCUUGGAUGCUGACAAGGAACUCCUCUGGAAACGCAUCACCUUGCGGAAGGCCCAGAGAGAUGGUCAGGAUUUGGUCGAUAGAACGGGAGAUUCGGCAUUUGAUGUAGGUAGGGAAACCUUCGACUCAUACUAUGAAGGGUUCGAAAGGCCUUGUGGAGAGGGAGAGCAUGUCAUCGAGGUCGUCUGA